AUGAACACUGUCAGAUCUGUCGGCUACGGUUGGGGCGUCCUCAUUGUCGCAGGCGGCGGCGCAUACUACUUCGCCAAGAAGAGCAUCAACAAAGACCGUGCCGAGCGCGCAGAAGCAGACAACAAGAGACGCAUGCAGAUGCGCGAACUUCAAAACCGCUAUCCCGUUCCUCCCCAGAAGCAAGACAGCCACGCAAACCCGAGCAAAGAAGCCACCGAAGACAUGUCACCCGCCUCAGGUCAUGCUGCCGAGAGCGGAGGCCACAGUCCUUUCGAGAGCUCUGCACCAUACCGGAGCAAGAAGGGCGAUCGCUUCAGUUGA